AUGCAGAAAGCGCAAGGCGAUGUCGGCCAAGCUGGUCAAACUGAUCCGGGCCUGCCUUCUGCAGACUCCGUUCAGGUUGGCCAUGCUAAUAUGGCCCCCGAAAUCAAGGAAGAGCCCGGCAGGAUUCCUCUCCCUGUGAUAGGCACUCGUACCGAGGACUUCGAGGCAGAUGGCGGAUACCUCGCAUCGCGACCAAGCGGUCAUUUCACGAGCAGUCCCACAGACUUCGGUCUGUGUGAGAAGCUGGAUCUCACCGACAACCUCCGAAAAUGGGUGAAGACAAAGAAACCCGAGAUCUACCGCGAUGCCGACCCCGAUGUGAUAAACAUCUCCGCAGAUGACAGGACGAAAUUCUUCAGCGCACUGUACAAAAACUGGUCGAGUGCUGCAGACAUUGAAGACAUGCCACUCAAGCCUCGAGACAGAGAUAAGGACGACACCCGCAUCCUCAUCGGCAAGUGGUCACAAGAUCUGCCAGCAUCGCAGAAUAAGAGGAAGAGAGACGAGGAUGACGAAUCGCCUACCAAAAGGCGCAGGAGUCGACGCAAGGGUCCACUACCUUCUUGA